AUGGCGAUCGGCCUAGUACGGGCACAGGAGUUGAAAGGUGCCAUCCUAGCCGCACAAUGUGCGAAGGACCUCGAGGGUGUUCGAAGGCUUUUUGAAUGCGCACGCGAUGAGCUCGUAUGGUCGCCUGCCCUGUCUGAUAGGAUUGGAGACCUUCGGCAGAUAAUAUCGUCCGUCCCGCCAUCGACCUUCCCCGAAGACGAAUACAUGGAAGAUCUGGCAGCUGAAAUUAAUCAGAAGUUUGAAGAAGACCUGUGGGUGACACCAGAAAACAUGAUCGAGCGGUGGUACACGGAGCCUCCACUUCCCUCCGUGGAAACCGUUCAUCUGACAUUCCGGGAUGCUACCGCUGAUCACAAAGCAUUUGGCGCCCUUGAAAUUUGGGCGGAUGAGGAAGUGGAAUCUAUAAUAGAUGGAGCUGUCCUCGAUACCCUACUUCGGUUCCGCAUUCGUGCGAAUAAGAAGUACAGGCAUCCAUAUCGGCCAUCUCUCGAUUUCGACAUACUGCUUCCUAAGGCUGAGGGGGCGGAGUCGGAGCUCAUUAACAUCGACAACCUCGAUGAAUACUUAGUCCAGACCAUUCUCGCCCGUCUCGGAGACACAAAAGUCAUCAAGUACGUACGCAAUGACGACCAGAAUGGCGAAGCGCAGUUCUACGUCGAGAAUACGGAUCCCUGGGCGAGGACACUCCCGGAUUGGCUCUCACCCGCCCCGCCAACAUGGUGUAGAUACACCCCACCCGUCUCAUAUACGCGCGCCGCAUCUCGGACUGCUGCUGACGGAAUUCAGUACAAGGAAGUGCCUCUAUUAUACUUCGGUGGGACGGGCCGCGACAUUCUGCCAAGUAUCACAAUGCCUCCCCUCGUUGUAUCGCACGUAUACCUUCCUGUACAGCACCGCGAAGGUGACUACUGCCAUGCACUAGGUGAUGAGGUCGACCAUGUGGUCUCUGCCGACAGACUCGUCCCUCCGCUUACCGACGCACAGGCACGCAGCCUCCUCGGUCGUGCCAUUCAGUUCUCAACCGCACCGCUUCCCGAGCCGCGCGACGACAACAGGCCACAGAAGAAGCGCAAGAAGACCAGGCCCCUUUAUACCACCUUGCAGACAGUGGUGGUCUGGGGCUACGAUCCGGCUACCUCGCUACUCUCCUGUACCUCCCCAUUUGGACUGCGGAACACUGAUUUUGUGCUGGAUCUCCGCGUGGCGGACAGAGAGGUCAUCGCCGCCGAUAAGCAGGAAGACCCUUAUGGCGUAACCCGAAAGUUUGCGCAUUGGCUGGGCGUCGUGAGCAGCCCACAGGACCGGAAACUGAGAGAGGAACGGGCAAUGGGGACUGCCGCGAUUUCUGUGCAAGCACAAGACGAGAAUCCAGAAGAGGUGGCAGAUAUCCCAGAGGAGAAUGACGGCACCCUGAUUCCCAUCGAGGGGCUCGUGAUGCGUCUAAACAUAGACGAUACAACGCGCAUCUUCGAGGUCUUGGUCAAAGACCGCAUGCUUCUGGGCGAUGCCACCCUCGCGACGGUCCAUGGCGGCCUUGACUUUGACGUGACCGUCGACGGGCUCAAGCCCGGGAUCUGGCACAGCCUCGUGGACGACGAUGGGGAGGUCGAGCUGCUCUGGGCCCGGCCGGGACACGUCGACUACGAGGACCCCGAGCCCCUCGAGGAUGACCAAAUGAGCACUCCAUUCAGCAUGGAAGACGAUAGCAGGUGGGCAGAGCUCGGGGUGUAUGGCGUCGACUCGGGGAUCUCGGGUGCCAUAAUGCAGUCGGUAUUCGUGGAGGACGGCGUUCUAACCAGCGAUGAAGGCGGCACGCGCGAUGUCAUGGAUGUCCUCACCAAGCAGGCAUUUGAAGAGCUGGGUAGUGAAUUCAUUGCCGUCCCCGGCGGCAUUGUAUGGUCCGGACAAGACGGCACGUACGUUGUGAGAGGACACAAAGAUGACGACGGCUUGCUGGUUGCUAUCACCAUCAGGGUUGAGGAAGGCAGAGUCCCUCCUUUGAAUCUCAGGAUGCCCAAGAACUUGUAA